CCGGUCCGGCACCCCCGCCCACCAGCAGCAACACUUGGGUUUUGUGGCUGGCCGUCGACGGGUAUAAAAGCGCGCCUGCGGUCCUCAUCGCACACAAUUCAACCAACCCGAAGCCUCGUCCUUUCGCACGGACUUUCCCGAACCGGUGUGAUCAUGAAGUCAAUGCUCCUCGUCGCUCUUGUGGCAGCCGUUCUUGCAGCGGUCAGUGCCGGCCACCUCGGCCACUACGGCGGAUACGGCGGAUACGGCGGCGGCGGCUAUGGCGGAUACGGCGGAGGCUACGGAGGCUAUGGUGGAUAUGGAGGCUACGGACACGGCGGUUACGGCGGAUACGGCGGAUACGGAGGCCACGGAGGCUACGGAGGAUAUGGGGGCUAUGGUGGAUACGGAGGCUACGGAGGCUAUGGCGGCGGCUACGGUGGCCACGGCCAUGGAUGGUGGUAGUCCACUCUUCAAAAGAAAGAGAGCGAGAGAGAGUGUUUUCGGCUGUAAAUAAAUUUUUAACGA